AGCACACUCAUGCCAGACGAAGCGGUACGAGGAGUAAAAACACUUUAACUGGGACAGCGUGGAGACAAGCGUCACGUUCAGCUGGUGGAGCGAGGACCAAAAACUCAGGGAUAUGUCCAACAACAGCGGAAGAGGUCAUGGGGGUCUUAACCAACUAGGUGGAAUGUUUGUUAAUGGCCGUCCACUUCCGGAGGUGAUCCGGCAACGCAUUGUGGACAUGGCCCACCAGGGGGUUCGGCCCUGCGACAUCUCCCGGCAGCUCAGAGUAAGCCACGGGUGCGUCAGCAAGAUCCUGGGACGCUACUAUGAGACAGGCAGCAUCAAACCUGGCGUGAUUGGUGGCUCCAAGCCCAAGGUGGCCACCCCAAAAGUCGUGGAGAAGAUUGCGGAGUACAAGAGGCAGAACCCCACCAUGUUCGCGUGGGAAAUCAGGGACCGACUGCUGGCGGAGGGAGUGUGCGACAGCGACACGGUGCCCAGCGUGAGCUCCAUUAACAGAAUAAUACGAACAAAGGUCCAACAGCCGUUCAAUCUGCCUCUGGAUGGAAAAGGCCUGAGUCCGGGACAAACCUUAAUCCCCAGCUCAGCGGUCACCCCUCCCGAAUCCCCUCAGUCAGACUCCUUGGGCUCCACCUACUCCAUCAGCGGCUUGUUGGGCAUCCCCCAUCCCAGCGCCGAGGGCAAGAGGAGCCACGACGACAGUGACCAGGAGAGUUGUCGGCACAGCGUAGACUCUCAGGGCAGCGGGGGCGUCCCAAGGAAACAGAUGAGGGUGGAUCAUUUCUCAGCAACCUCGCAACAUCUGGACUGUGGGUUUGACCGUCACCACUACCCGCCGGACUCGUUCAGCUCGGCCUCCAGCAGCAAGACAGAGCAGACUUUGUACCCACUGUCCCUCAUCAAUGGCAGCCUAGACGAGGCCAAGACCAGCCUCUCAACAUCCAGCUCCACCAUUGGCCGGAACCUGACAGCGCACCAGAGCUAUACCAUGGUGACCGACCCCCUACAGCCCCUGCCGCUCUGUCUAAAACAGGAAAUGUCCCCAGAAGUGACCAGCACGAGCCCCUCCCCAAACAUGGCGGCAUCCAACCUGGCGUUCAUGGAGCUGCAGGCGCUGCAGAAACCCAUUUCUGUCAGUGGCAGCGGUGGCAGCAGCUGCAGCUCCAACCAUUUCCCCAAUGCAUUCAACUCAUUCUCCCAUCAUGCACCAGUGUACGGGCAGUUCAGCGGUCAGUCUAUCAUCUCAGGACGUGACAUGGUGAGCUCCACCCUGCCAGGUUACCCACCUCACAUCCCCUCCCCUGCCCAGACAGGAUACUCCUCCUCUGCCAUCACAGGCAUGGUAGCAGCAGGUGCAGACUACACUGGUCAGUCCUACAGCCAUUCACCCUACACCUCCUACAGCGAAGCUUGGAGGUUCACCAACUCCAGCAUACUGGGUUCUCCCUAUUACUACAGCUCGGCCUCCCGCACGGCUCCACCUUCCACAGCCGCCUACGACCACCUCUAGUCCCUGCUUGCGUGGACAUGGAUUAGGGACUUGACUCGACCCCCCCAACCCCCAGUGGAACCUAUAGAACUUAAAUCAUUAUGGACCAAGGCAUGAAAGUCCAAAACUGGAUGUGAACUUGAGACUCUGCUGACGAAACCAGCGACACAUUUUUACAUUUUUUACAUCCUCUCACGGUCUACCACAGCUACUUUAUUUAUUUGUCAGUGCUGACACCGUUUCCCAGGGUUAACUCUGACUCAUGCAGGUUUACACAUCGCUAACACCCAACUCCUCGCAGGGCCUGUUUCCCCAGAGACUCAGCCUGAUGUCUCACAUCAAGGUGCAUAUUUUCAGUAUAUCGAGCUCUUUAACGCUGUUUUGGCCAAAGACUUUCUUUCUCGCACAUCUGCAACUUGACUCCACUGAUUCAGUGAGUAGGGAUAUGCAACUUCUUUAUACUGAACUAUGCCUGCUUUUGUUUACAAUGCUUUUUUUUUUUUAAUUGUGAAUCCUGUCCUAUCAACACAAAUGAAUUCCUUUUCUUGAUCUGUGUCUGCUUGCAAAAUUAAUUUUGUAAUUUCUCACUGUAAAUUCAGAUCUUAAGAGCUUUUCCUGUAGUGAACAUAGACUAAUGGGUGACACAUUAAAUCACAAUUAUUACAAAAUGCCCACGUAUGCCCCCUCAAAGACAAUUAAUGUAUCCAUUUAGCAAUAUGUACAUAUUGUAAAUGAUGAAUUACUUAUGGGGAAGUGAUGCAAUUUUACUCAGAGAAUGACUGAUGAGGGGAGGGGGUGAUUUGGCUACUAAAACCAACAAGGCUUGAAAUACAUUUGUUUCGCUUCGAAUAAAUUUAGUUUGUUGUCAUGCUGAUGUUCUGAUGUUUGGUAAGAACUGUGACUAUUUUUUCUUAUACUGUUAUUAAUAUUAUUGCAGAUGUAAAUAAUGAAUUUCUAAAGAAUUAUUUUAA